AUAUGUAGGUACUGUGAUCGUGCGGGCUCAUAAGGGCGCCGAAAUGUCUAUGUUCGUUUUUUAUUAAUUUAGAAAAUAUUUGUUUACUCCUGCUUACGUAUGUAUCCCUCUAGCCAGGUGAUAUUACGUUGAGCUCGCGACAGAGUGAUACGAAUAUGUGAAAAGAAAAUCUUUUCAGAAAUUUAUGACAAUGAAUCCCAAAGCGAGACCGUAAAUCAAUUGUAUUCAUUCUGACUUAUCGCUUACAUCUUGCCUAACGUGGACAACCAACUUGCAGGAACGGUAACACAAGAUGAAGUGUAUCCAACAGUGAUUGAUGAAAACAUCUUAGAAGGCACUAUGACGCUUUCAAUUGAUUCAAGUAUUACGUUAACACUGCAAGAAUCAUCCGCUUUUGCGAGCACUUUCAGAGUGAUCACUUACGGUCAAGAUGCCACCGAUGAAAAAGAGGUGAGGUUUUGUAUAACAUUCAACAUAUCUCAGUGAGCAUAAAUCUCCUUUGUGUGUGCUGUUAGGCCUUUAUUUAUGCGUAGUAGCACGUGGGGCGCGCGAAAACUUGCUUAAAACGGCACCAGAAAUAUCUUAUGCUCUAGUAGUAACUUAGCCUGCUAUAACUGCAAGAAAACCAACUCUCACAAUGAGAAGACGCUUUUCAAGCCGAAGAAGUCGCAAGAACAAAGAACGUGUGGACAUCACUCUGAAAUUUCCGCACAGGCAAGCGGUGACGUCAGCCUUUUUUGACAGCGUCUGGAGGUGCAUAGUUUAUCUUCUAACACUUAACUGAGACCACAUUCACUUCCAAGUAAGCCAAGUAAUUAACAAAUAAUAUGAACCAUUUGUGAGUUCCAAUAGUGAAAAAGAAAAAAGAAACAAAAAUAGAGUUUCAAAUUUGUCACAUUAUAUUGACCAUCCGGAACAGAUUCUGGCAAAUCGUUGAUUAAUGAAAAUGUGAUUGUAUGUUCUGGUAAAUAUUGAGUCCACAUUAUAAAAUUUUAGGAGAAUAUGUAAACGAGGUUUAUGUGUUUAGGCUGAAAUCUCCUCAUCUGCGCCCUUUCACGCCCACAUCAGUGCCAUGGCUCUUCCUUUCAAAAAAAUGCGGCGAUUUAGGUCGUGAUUCUAGUGCCACAAUAUUUCUCAGUGACCGCGCUAGAAGCAAUUUAUGCGUGGAACGUUGACUUGCGAAAUAUCGUGCUGUGCGUUACCGUUACAAGAAACUGGUAUUUUUAACAAAUUUUGACGGGUCUAUACUGCCCUGCGACAGGUGCUUGUAUACCUUCGUAUAUUUUCUCAAAUGGUGCACUCAAAGUUCUGAAAGGCCCUUUGACGCAUCUCAGAGGUGAAUGAUUUUUAUCUGGUCUCACACGAAGAAAAUAUUUGAACAGUUUCAAUUACGUACAUAAAGCAUGUGCCUAGUUUUGGAAAUAUACAUAUUGUAAUGCAAUAUACAAUCCAGACAUAUGGCGUUGAAGUGGUAGGAAAGUAAAAAAACAAUAAACACGGCUAUAGUAAAACGUAUAGUAAAUAUAAAACCACAGUUUUCUGCAUUAAAAAACUUAGAACGUGUCCUGUAGUGUCUCCCCAUGCACGCUUCUCCGCUAACUACUGGAUAAAACGUAUAACAGAAAUUCGCGCGAGAAACAAGGCAGCAAUUUCCCACAACUCAAGGUAACUUCAAGUGCGCAUCGUUUUUUUAAGCAUACUUUCUCAUAGAACAAUGUUGUAUUAAAGAGUGACUCACAAUUAUUUUAUAUACAUAUGAAAAAUCACAAGGACCGUUCUACUCCUGUGCGAAACAUAGGCGAAAUUUUGGGUGAGUGACAGAGAACGUUAACGCACUCCGCUCGCCCCCCAAUUUUUGGUAGCCAUCAUCCAUUCUCAACGCUCUCGUCAUACCAAUGCCAUACCCAGUCCAACACCUGUCUAACAUAUUUUUGCAGCUUAAUCUCACUGAGCUAGGUGCGAAAGUUUAUGCAGAUCAACAGCGCCAAGCUGUACUGCUGGUUUCUCGCGACAACGGAAUACGAGUGACCGGAAUGAUCGGCGUCACAGCGAGGAUUACAGUAAAGGAGGGCGGCGAACCGAGAAACGACAGCCGAGUUGCUCAUAAAUUAUUUCGCAUCGAUGGAGCGCGCUCACGGGAGGGGUUCUCUAGCGAGAAACUGCCGGUUGCUGAAGCAGAUAUUGCUAAAGCAGGGAAUGCCAAUGUAAAUGCUCGCUGUGCAACUCCUACUACCGGACCGACGGCUGCUACAAUUGAGGCUGCCCUUGUCGUGAGCCACGAGUACAGUACCUUGUUUCCCACUAUGACAGGCAACAAACACAAGGCCCUUAUUGAUUACUUACGCGUUUUAUUCACAGCAGUCAACACAAUCCUUAGAAACACGGAGACAGAUAUCUUAGAUCUGAAGCUCAUUAUUCUGGAUAUAGUUAUACUCACGCCAUACACUGAAAUACUCGAUCAGAAAUAUGAAAAGAAACCUAACUUAAUUGAAGCAAGCUCACCGGAUGCAUUGUUCAAGUUUAUGACCGCUAAUGAGCACUUGUUUGGUGGAGUAGAUCUGGUAUACUACUUGAGCAGGCACAACUAUGCAAUGACUUUCGAAGGCGGCUAUCACGAAGUGAGAGGAAUGGCAUAUGCUGGUUCAGCUUGCGGCGAUUUCGCUGGUGCUUUGGUUAGUGACGACGCCACCACCAUGAAAGGCAUGACAACUAUUGCUCAUGAAACACUUCAUGCUCUAGGAUCUGAGCAUGACGGGGCACCAGCACUUGAUUACAUUCCAAACAGCCCCGGUGCGACAGCUUGCCCGGACAAUAAACAGUACAUCAUGACAGCGACCCCAUCGCACGAACUGCUUCCGUUGUCACCGUGUACCCGCGAUCAAGUUGUGGUGUACCUAAAGACUGAACAGGCCACAUGUCUGAAGAAUGCGGAGCGAAGGCGCUCGCCUCCUCUUUCUGAAGCAAAUUUGCGGAAGCCUAUUAUCAACGCAAGCAGAUAUUGUUAUAACCUACACAAGGAUGCCGUAACAGUAGAACACGUCCGGUUCCAUAGCGAUGAAUACAACAUUGAGAAGUGCAUCUUGGUCUGUGCAACGACCAAUUCUGAAGGAGAAAAGGAAAAUAAUAUAUAUACCGCACCUGAUUACAUGAAAUGUAGCGAGACACAAAAUCUGGUGUGCAUCCGUGGUAUUUGUGGAGAGAUUCCUUCCAGACCAAAACCACCACACGAGGGAGGGGUCGAAGUUGCAAAAGCUCGCCUGAAGUUGAGAAGUGCAGUGCAUAAAAAAUAAAGACAGUAUUAUUA